AUGGACUCCCUCACCGCCGUAAUGACGACGGACAUCAAGCAGGAGGAGCCCGAGAUGGUGGUGCUGGACGACGACGACGGCGACGACUGCCGCCUGCGCGCGCCGACGCCGUUGGACCUGGCGGCGGCCGCGGCGGUGGCGCCGUUCCUGGCCAAGACGUUCGACAUGGUGGAGGACCCGGCGACGGACGCGGUGGUGUCGUGGGGCGCGGCGCGGAACAGCUUCGUGGUGUGGGAUCCCCACGCCUUCGCCGCCCGCCUCCUCCCGCUCCACUUCAAGCACGCCAACUUCUCCAGCUUCCUCCGCCAGCUCAACACCUACGGAUUCCGCAAGGUGAACCCGGACAGGUGGGAGUUCGCCAACGCGGGCUUCCUCGGCGGGCAGCGGCACCUCCUCGCGGGCAUCCGCCGCCGGCGCGGCGCCGACACCGGCCGCCGGCCCGCGGCCUCCUCGUCUGCGUCCUCGUGCGCGGCGGAGGCCGGCGUCAUCGGCGUCGUGGACGGGGAGCUGGAGCGGCUGCGGCGGGACCGGGAGGCGCUCAAGCAGGAGCUGGCGCGGCUCAGGGUGCAGCAGGAGGCGUCGCGCGCGACGCUGAUGGAGAUGGAGCGUCGCGUGCUGGGCACCGAGCGGCGGCAGGAGCAGUGCAAGGCCUUCCUCGUGCGUGCGAUCAGGAACCCGAGUUUUCUGACCAGCCUGGCACGCCGCAACGCACUCGCCGCCGGCGACGCGGUGCCCGUCGUCAAGGGCAAGAACAAGCGGCGGAUGCUCGACCACAUCCCGUCGUCUCCGGCGGCGGCGGCGGCGACGGAGGAUGGUUUCACCUUCGAGGAGCUUGCACUGGCGGCCGGUGUCGACGUCGAGGCGGGCGUACCGACCGUGAAAACUGAGAGCGCGGGCGGCAUAACGACGGACAUGAUUUGGUACGAGCUGCUCGGGGACGAGCAGGCGGAGAUGGACGUCGAGGUGGAAGACCUCGUCACCGCCGCCGCCGCGGCAGCGGCGGAGGAGAUGGAGCCGUGGGAGGGGAUGGGCGAGGAGGAGGAUCCGGAUGAUGGUAUCUGUCAGGAACUCAGGAUGCGAGCUGUGGAAGGGUGUGAGAGCGACUAUGCUCCGGGUUCAGGUGGCUAG